ACUGUCAAACUGUUCUUCACACCACCGCUUGUGCAGCACUGGCGUCCUUCUCAUCUCCAGGGGAGAAAUUACACCUACUUUUACUUUGCAUCACUCUUGGUUUAGCUGCCGGAUGAGAGACUCAUUUCGUACAUUUCCCCCUAAAACUCAAUGCUUUUGGUGGUUUGACCAGCGAUGGGCACUUUCACUUUUGUAAAACAUGGGUCAUUAAGUUCGCAUAGUUGGGUGCCAGUCACAAUGGAGAACGGGUACUCGGAUGCGGUGAAGGAGGAUGACGAGACGAUCUGGGAGAACGUGGAGAACCACCGGUACACACUGAGCCGGCACAUCAACUCCAGCAAGCUGACGCCGUACCUACGGCAGUGCAAAGUCAUCGACGAGCAGGACGAGGACGAGGUUCUGUAUUCGCACAUGCUGGUGUCCCGCGUCAACAGGGCAGGCAGACUUAUGGAUAUCUUGCGCACUAAAGGUCAACGAGGAUACGUUGUGUUUUUGGAGAGUCUGGAGUUUUAUUAUCCUGAGCUGUACAAACUGGUAACAGGCAAUGCUCCCACCCGCAGAUUCUCAACUAUCGUUGUGGAAGAGGGCCAUGAGGGACUGACGCAGUUCCUAAUGAACGAGGUGCUCACACUGCAGCAGCAGGCCAAAGACAAGGACGUGCAACGUGCCACCAUAGUGGGACGCCAUCGGCUCCUGGAGGACGAGCACAAGAAGGUGCGGCUGGCCAAUCAGGAGCUGAUCGCCUUCCAGAAGCGCUACUAUAAGAUGAAGGAGGAGCGCAACAACUACAGCGACGAGCUCGGCAAGGUGAAGGACGAGAACUACAACCUGGCCAUGCGGCUGGCGCAGCUGAGCGAGGAGAAGAACAUGGCCGUCGUGAGGAGCCGCGACCUGCAGCUGGAGAUUGACCAGCUGAAACACAAGCUCAACCACAUGGAGGAAGAGUGCAAGCUGGAGAGGAAGCAGUCGCUGAAGCUGAGGAAUGACAUAGAAACCCAGCCCCGCAAAGAGCAGAUCUUUCAGCUGCAGCAGGAGAACGAGGUGCUGAAGAUGAAAGUGCAGGAACUGGAGGCCAUCAUACAGCCUGAAAUGAAGGGACUACUGGACUCUGAGAAGGUCAUCGUGGACAUCCUAGAGCAUGACCGCCAGGAAGCCUUGGACGACCGUCAGGAUUUGUUCCAGCGGCUGUACAACUUGCAUAUGGAGCUGCAGCAGACUGAGAAGCUGAGGGACAAGUACCUGGAGGAAAAGGAGGAUCUGGGGCUCAGGUGUUCUGCAUUGGUCAAGGACUGCGAGAUGUACAAGAACCGCAUGAACACCAUCCUGGUACAGCUGGAGGAAGUGGAGCGGGAGAGAGACCAGGCUUUCCGUUCACGGGAUGAGGCGCAACACCAGUUCUCGCAGUGCCUGAUGGACAAAGACAAGUACCGCAAGCAGGUACGUGAGCUGGAGGAGAGGAACGACGAGCUGCACAUCGAGAUUGUGCGCAAGGAGGCGAAGUCGGUCAACCUGGUGUCCAAGCUGAGGCGGAUCUCCAAAGGGAAUAUCCUGGAACACACUUUGCCCCGGGACCUUCCGCUAGCCUUGAUGCCUCAGCUCAUGGGCCGGGAUGCAGUACGAGAGCUGGAGGACUCCGCAGUCAGCAUAACCAGUGAGGAGUCCCCAGAUGAUGAAGAAUUCUUCCAAACUGAACCUCAGCUCAAACGCAGACCCAAUCUUAAGGGAGUUACGCUCCAGAGGUGUCGCAAUAGUGUAAUGUCCACUGCACCAGAGCCCCCGGGGAAUGAGUCUAUUGUCAGGAGGACGAAAGAAGGCGAUGACGACUCCGUCCCCAGAAGCCGUUGUGACUUUGACGAUGAUGACAAUGAAAACGUGGAACUUUGCGGUGACUUCCUGGAGUCUGAUGGGGCCUAUCACGAGGUUCUCUCAUUUCAGUCCUCCUCAUCAUCCUGCCACUCUGAGAACUUAGACCCUUAUGACCUGGAGCAGGUCAGCAGCAUCUUUCAAAAGAUCUCAAUGGAAAGACCCUUCCGGCCCUCCCUGUCGUCAUCCAUCCCCGGGAACGGUGCCACGCGGGCCAUACGAGACGUCUCUCUUCCUGGGGACUCCUUCCUGUCCGAGGUCACGCUAGUGGGCGGCAAUGCAAGCGGCAUCUUCAUCUCCUCGGUACAGCCAGGGUCCAGCGUGGAGAACGCCGGCCUGAAAGAGGGACACAACCUCUUACUGCUUGAAGGAUGUGUACAAGGAAAUCUCCAGACUGUACCUCUUGAUACUUGCACCAAAGAGGAAGCCUACUGGACGCUGCAGAGGUGUGUGGGCCAGAUCACCCUGCACUUUCGGUCCAACUAUGAAGGUUACAGGAAGCUGCUGCGAGAAAUGGAGGAGGGCUGGCUUACGUCGGGGGACUCCUUCUACGUCCGCCUCAACCUGGAUCUGUCCGGCCCGCCGGACAGCUGCUCCACGUGCGUGAAGUGCGACGAGGUGCUCCACGUCAUCGACACCAUGCACCAGGGGAGAUGCGAGUGGCUGUGCGCUCGUGUCCACAUGUUCACCAACCAAGACCUGGAGAAAGUGACCAUUCCCAACUACACCAGGGCACAGAAUCUCCUCCUGAGGAAGAUCCAGAAGCUGAUCUGCAAGGGAGGUCGGGACGAGGCGGACUGCAUGCGUGGACUCAGGAGUUUAUUCCGGACCGAAGAGUCUGCACUUCCAGGAGACCCAAAAUCCAGCUCCCGGUCCUCUUGUGCGAGUGUCCUGCUUGGACAGAUCCUACAGUUCGUGAGCAGGACGGAGCAGAAAUACAAGCGGACAAACAGCAGCGAGAAAGUGCGGAGAGUGAGCCUGGGGAACGGAAGCCUGCCCAGACCCGGGUUCCAGGCCAUGAAGCAGGAGUACUCGGAUGGCGAGAGCGACCUCAACGACAGCCUGAACCUGCUGCCGUACAGCCUGGUGACUCCAUACCACUGCCAGCGGAAGAGACCUGUCCUGUUUGUCCCCAACACAUUGGCCAAAGCCAUCAUGCAGAAGAUCCUCAAUUUAGGAGGAGCAAUGGAGUUUGACCUCUGCAAGCCAGAUAUCAUCACAAAGGAGGAGUUUUUGCAGAAGCAAAAAAUGGAGCCAAUUAUUUAUUUGAAAGAGAAGGCCAAUAAUACCUGUGAAUGCGUCACAUCUGAAAAUCUUGAAGCCGUUGCCAGCAAGAAUAAACAUUGCCUGUUGGAAUCUGACCUCAGCUGCACGAAGGACUUGAUCAAAAGAGAAAUCUACCCAAUCAUCAUCUUCAUCAAAGUUUGUGAAAAGAACAUUAAAAAGCUAAGGAGGCUGCCAUUGAAGAUAGACCCAGAGGAUGACUUCCUUAAGGUGUGCCGUUUGAAGGAGAAAGAUCUCGAGAGCCUGCCCUGUCUCUAUGCUUCUGUGGAACCCGAAUCUUGGACUGGGGUGGAAGACCUUCUGAAGAUAAUUAAGGACAAAAUCCUAGAGGAACAGAAAAGGACAGUCUGGAUAGAGCAGGAUCUUCUGUAGGAUAGAAAAUAAAAAUAUUCAGUAAACAGCCUAGAUGAAUGUUACUGAAGUCAAUGCAGACAUUGCAUUGAGCUCUCAUUGAUCCUGAAGUAGCAUCGAAGAAGAGGGAGCAGCACAGGAAAAUGAUGCAUAAUGCUGAGGAUCAAGUCCUUUUAUGACUAAUGAAGGAGCUAAAGAAUGCAAAACUUUUGUAUUUUCCAACAAUGCCCAUGAAGACCGCUACCAAUUUAAUGGAUUUGCUAUAGUCGGCCUGCAAAAGCAUUGUUAUCGUAGCAUUUUUAUUUCCCCGACUGCAAUGAAAAAAGAAAACAUGAGAUCGGUUAAGAAUGUAAGAUUGACUAAUUUACAGAUAACAAUCAGGGGGAAAGCAUAAUUACCAUUUUCCUGUUAUGUGAGAAGUUAGCCUAUUUUAUUAACUAAUUAAGAGAUAUUUUAUAUAUUCAUUUUAUAUUGAAUGUAGAGUUGGAGGUCAUAUAUGUGAUUUUAUAAGAUCUUUGGCUACUUUUAAAUAGUAACUUAUUUAAUAUAUGCAUGCUAAUUUUUCUCGGUGUGUCAUUUCCUUGCGGUUGCUAGCUGCGACAGUGUUCGUUUUGUGAUUAAAAGUGUCCUUUAUAAGCGA